AUGGAGAUUUUCGGUCUGAACAUAGGCCUCUUCACUACCUUCCUCAUUCUUCUCGUUCUCUACCUCAUCCUCACAACCAUCUACCGCCUCUACCUAUCUCCCCUCUCACACUUUCCCGGUCCCCCAAUCUGCGCCAUCACUCGCCUCUCCUGGCUCAUCGCCCUCAUCCGCGGUCACCAAUCCCGCUUCCCUCUUCUCCUACACUCCCAAUACGGCGCCAUCGUGCGCAUCGCCCCCAACGAACUCUCCUUCACCUCUCCCCAAGCCUGGAAGGACAUCUACGCCCAUCAUCAAGGCCGACCCGAGAUGGCGAAGAAUCUGCAACUUUACUCGCAGCAACCGGGGAGUACGCACAUCUUGAUUGCGAAUCGGGAGGACCAUACGCGGUUUAGGAGGACGUUGAGUCAUGCGUUUAGUGAGGCGAGUAUGAGGGAGCAGGAGGGGAUCUUGCAGUUGUAUGCUGGGGGGCUUGUUGAGCGGUUGAAGACGUUUGCAGGUUCGAGCUGUAGUUCUAACUACAACUCUAAUUCAUCUUCAAAGGAUGAAGACGGUGAUGAACAUGGAGAUGCCAAAAAAGAUGAAAGAAUCCCGAGCCAACACCAAUCAACAUCAGCGCCUGGUACAACUACACCACCUUCGACCUAA